CGGUCCCGGUCCCAUCCCGGCACGCACCCCGCUGGCCGCAGCUCAGUGACCAGAUCCAGAACGAGCCAUCCUGAGCCCAAGGCAGCCCGCGCCUGCCCCGCAGGAGUCACCCGCGAAGAUGCCCCACCACAGCCUGCAUGCUGCGGCCAUCCUCCUGCUCGUGAUCUUAAAGGAGCAGCCUUCCAGCCCAGCCCCACUCAACGGGCCCAACUGGACCUAUUUCGGUCCUGACGGGGAGAAAAGCUGGCCCAAGAACUACCCAUCAUGCGGGGGCCAGAUGCAGUCCCCAAUAGACCUGCACAGUGACAUCCUCCAGUAUGACAACAACCUUGUGCCCCUUAAGUUCCAAGGCUACAAUGUGUCUGCCAAUGAGCAGUUUACGCUGACCAACAAUGGCCAUUCAGUGAAGCUGAGCCUGCCCCCGAGCAUGCAGAUCCAGGGCCUCCCGUCCCGCUACAGCGCCACACAGCUGCACCUGCACUGGGGGGACCAGAAUGACCCCCACGGCUCUGAGCACACCGUUGGUGGGGAGCACUUUGCUGCCGAGCUGCAUAUUGUCCAUUAUAACUCGGACCGGUACCCCAAUGCCAGCACUGCCAGUAAAGAGCCACAAGGCCUUGCCGUCCUAGCUAUCCUCAUAGAGAUGGGCUCCUUCAACCCCUCCUACGACAAGAUCUUCAGUCACCUUCCAGAUGUGAAGUACAAAGGCCAAGAAGCGCACAUUCCAGGUUUCAGCAUCGAAGAGCUGCUUCCUGAGAGGCCUGAAGAGUAUUAUCGCUACCAAGGGUCCCUGACCACACCUCCUUGCCACCCCACUGUGCUCUGGACGGUGUUCAGGAACCCCGUGCAAAUCUCCCAGGAGCAGCUGCUGGCUUUGGAGACAGCUCUGUACUGCACACACGAGAACGACCCAUCCCCCGUAGAAAUGGUCAAUAACUUCCGGCAGGUCCAGAAAUUCGAUGAGAGGUUGGUGUACGUCUCCUUCCAACAAGGUGAGGCGAUGCAGGGGACAGUGUUUGAGGGCAGAUACAGAGGAUCAGAAGAAACCACGCAGGAACUUGAGUCUGACUUCCCAAAGUAACCCUCCACUUGUAACCGUCAGCAGUGGCAUUGGGAGUAAUUAGCCAUCUUCUUAGACCGGCAGAGGUCUAAGCUGGCACUUGCGGGCCGGGCAGUGCAGUCAGACGUGUAGCAGGGCGCUUCGGUAGAACAUCCCAGCCUGGCCAGGGGAGCUUGAGGGGCCUCCAGGCGGAGGCCCACGUCUUGGCUUGGCCUGUCCAGAUCAAAGCCCAAAUGCAGCUUUGCCACUGCCUCUCCUGCACGGCUCGCCCGGAGCUGCUGCCCUCAGGAGCGAGAAUCCAUGACAGUCCAAGGCAAAUCUGUUCAUUUGGAGGCUGAUUAUAGAAACUUGGCCAGAAUUCUCCCCUCCCCCUCACUCCCAAAAGUUGCAGGGACCAAGUGGGGCUGUCACCAAGGAGCAGUGAGGAGGCAGCCUCAGAGGAAGGGAGCCCCGGGCCUCACACCCCAGGGCACCUGCAAUCACAAGGGCCUCUCACACCAAACUGACGUGGGCCUCGGACAUGCUGUGGGAAAGGCGUGUGGGUGAGCCUGUUUGCCAGCGUGGACCUUGAGCAAUUCAGACUCGACUAUUUAUACGCUCUGCCACUGAGGCAUGUCUGUCACGAGGUGUGGUUUGCUCAGGGUUUUCCCUGGAAGUUGUCAGGAACUUCAGAGUUGGAAGAUUUCACCGGGAGGAAAGUAAAGUAAGGGAACCCUCUGGGAGAGAAAGUUCAUGGACUUGGAGAGGAGGACCUGAGGUCUCACCUGACUGGAACAUCGGGGACUGAACUGUUUAACUUGACCCUGCUUUGCCCUCAGCUGUGCUUACAGCGGAGUACAGGACCCGGUUUCUGUGCUCACGAGGGGCACAGUCUGACCUCGGCUUCACCCCAGGGCAGGGUUCUUCUGCCCAUGCACUACUGGCAUGGGGGGCUGGGUAAUUCUGGUUGUGGGGGACUCUCCUGGGCACUGGAGCAUCAGCAGCACCCUUGGCUCCUGCCCACUAGAUGCCCAUAGCAUCCCCACCUUAUUGUAGCCAAAAAUGUCUCCAGACACAGCCCAGUGUCUCCGGGGAAGGAGCGCCAAAACUGCCCCUGAUGGAGAAUGACUGCCCCAGCGACUGUGCACGGUUUUCCUAGGCCCGGGCUGCUGUCUCCCACUCAGAUCACUGGAUUCUAGAGUUCUCGAUCACAUGCCCUGGUCUUUAUCACAGUGUGACAUUCUCAAUCUGGUGAUGGCUACCCCGGAACAGUAAGGUGGGGGUUACCAGUACAGAACAAUCAAACCCAAGAGAAACGCUGAUCUCCAUAUUUUUUUAGAAGUUGAGUAUUUUUUUAUAUACUUCAGUAUGUCCAAGGCCAGGAGUAGCGGGUGACAGCGAAUUAUCCACCCUUAAGAUCACACAUCUCUUUGUCAGAGGCCCACACGUCUCCCAGGUAGCACCUUUCUUCAGAACCCCUUCAUCAUUCUUCUCCUUCCCUUUUGUACAGGUUUUUCCUCUCGUAAAUGUUGCUUUUUGUUGCCUUUGGUGAAAAUAUCCACUCUUUAUGGAGAGGUAGAAGUCAUACCAGGCACUUUUUUCAGCUCUUAAAAGGUGCCCCUUCUAAGUGGCAGAGACGGAAACUUGAGCUGAACAGGGGAAAUAAGACUCCUUAUUUCCUUAAGGUGGGAACCCAGAGGGAGGGAACACGUCCUGGGACCACUGUGGGCCUCGCGGGAAGUCAGCGCCCACCGUGAGGAAGGUGAAGGACUGCGGAGGCAGACGGACAGUCCAGGGGCCCGAUUCUUGGUUCCUUUAAAAUGACCUUUUAGCCAUGGACACCAGCUUGGGUCCAGAUGGUGAUGGGCAAUCCCACAAGGGCCCAUCAGGCCUAAACAUGAAUGUUGUCUAGCCCUAUUUUCAACAUGUCAGGGGCCAGAGGAAGCCAAAAAGUUUCUAUAAUCAUGUCUUUAGUGGGCCUGCUCUGAGCAGCUGCAUGCCCCCCGCCAGAGAGCUGGAGCCAGCUGCGGCACACUUAGCCAAGGGCCCGGCGGGGUGUGGGGUGGGGCUGUCACCCACUGCCAAUCUGUGGAGUAGCAUGAUUAGAAUCCACUUGACCCUAGGGAACUGGGCAGUUUCACAAAACCUUUAAAGAAGAGACAGAGAGAGAAAAAAAUCCUACAAAGCUAAGAUGGCUAAUUAUCUAAUUUUUUUUUUACCAGAAUGUAUGCUUUGUGGUUAUUGACCUUGUGUUUCUAAAAGUUCCUAUUUGUAAAUAAAGUCUAUGAGAUGGGAAAGCAUCAAUUCUUCCAAAGUACCCAAACAAACCCCCACUCUGGAUGUGCCUACCUUCCAACCCCCCCUGGAUGCAGGGGGCUGAACAGUCAGGAGGAAUCGUCAAACGUGCUAAGGAGGCAAGCCCCAGUCCCUUCAUCUAGAGCGGUGUAAUGCACUGCGUGUUUUCUGAGCACACCCCAAGUCAGGCACUGCGGGGCGCAGGGAGCCUCACCGUGUGUGUUGUCUUGCUCCUAACAACAAACCUCCUGCAGAGAGCAGACCGUGUGCAGAAAAGACAGUGGGCAGAGGUGUGGGGCGGACAGCUGGACGGCGUGCACGUGUACACCCGUGCACAUGGCACAGGGCCUCCCUCCGCACAGCGGCUCAGCUGCUGCUGCGUGUGUGCGCCGUUGACUUUGCCCACGCUAUCCCCUUUGGGAUGCCCCUGACCUCUCCACCUGG